AUGUGGGAACCUUGUCUAAGUAGCUUCGGCAGCUGGCCUAACACGCAAGAUCUAGUGACUGUUGGAGAUGAAAGUCAAUCUCAGGCAUGGCUUGAUGAGCUUGUGCAACGAGCCAAACAAUUGAAUGUUAAUGGAGGCUUUGAAGAAGGUGCUGAUCUAGGGCCAGUCAUCUCGCCUGGAUCUCGACAACGGAUCGAAGGAUUGAUUGCCAGUGCUCAAGACGAGGGAGCUUCGAUCCUGUUGGACGGCAGAGGCUAUCAUCCCAAGAAGUAUCCUAACGGUAACUUUGUCGGUCCUACCAUCAUCUCCAACGUCAAGCCACACAUGCGCUGCUAUAUUCAAGAGAUAUUUGGACCUGUUCUCGUCGCUGUCAACGUUGCGACAAUCGACGAGGCUAUCAAACUCAUUAAUGAUAAUGAAUACGGAAACGGUGUUGCCAUUUUCACUCGCAGUGGCCCCACAGCGGCACGCUUCCAAAAUCACAUCGAUGCUAGUCAAAUAGGAGUAAACGUGCCAAUUCCUGUACCUUUGCCCAUGUUCUCUUUCACAGGCAAUAAGAAGAGUAUUGCAGGAGGCGGCGUCAACAUUUCUAUGGAAAGUCAGGACUGA